GAGUUCUAGUUUGGAAAUGGAAUUAAAACUCUAAGACACCUAUCAGAAACAUGGAAAUUGGCAUGCUUAUUGACAAGGGAAGAGUGUCAGUAACAAAGAGUUGGGAUGAUAAGGUAGUAACCUGGAGACCAAGGAAAAGUGGACACAGAGAUUGCUUUCUUUGCAAUAUAUAAUUAUAAGGACUCAUACUUUACCCCCCAAAUCAAAAUAACUCACCACUGUUAAGCUACUUGAGAAGAAAUAGUACAAUUAAAGACGAUGGUAAUGUCGUGUGGAAAAUAAAAUUAGUGGAAUAAUUUUUUAGUCAUAGUCACUCAAUUAAAAGUAGACACUUGGAAACUAAGGAGAAGAGAGUCUUGCUUCUUACCAUACUUCUAUUUUAUAAGGACAACCAGUCUCCUUGCUACCUAUCAAUUAUUUUUGGGAGAAGAUGAUAAAGAUAAGAGAAGAAAGUGAAACAUACAAUAAAACUAAAAGCUAUGAGAUUUAUAAGUUUGAAGAAAAGGAAAUAGAGUGGAAUAACAAUGCAUAUCAAGGUGAUAUUUGAAGAAUUUUCUUAUCACUUUCUGCCACCACCAACACUAUCUUUCAUUUGUAUCAUUUUCUAUAUAUAUUUUAUUUAGUCCUCAAUUCUACUAAGGUAUGCAGGAAAGAUGUCAUUAUGACCAUUUUAUGAAAAUGGAAACUACAAGGCCUACCAUGUCAAGAAACAUCUUCAGCAAGGUACUUCUGCACUUUGAUGAGUAAAAAUGACUUGAUUUGGAUGGAUAAAGUUCAAGUUCAAAGAAAUGACAGCCAGAAAGAAGAUAUAGUAAGUAUUUAAAAUGUUAAAAUCCUUGUAAAAUGGGAAGAAUGAGUAUUUAUAUCAGGACACAGUAGAAUUGUGUUCUAGCCAGCUCCGUAUUUGGAGCUAUUUAGUGCCCACUACUGCAGUUCUGCAGCUGAGGCGCGGGGUGCCGCUGUUGGCUAGUGCUAGCCAAGCAUCAGCUCCUCCCGACGCAAAGGACUCCCCAGCAGACCGCGGAAUUCGGAGAACUGUGCACUCUCUCUCCCGCUUUCUGCUGCGGAGAAAUCUGUCAGAGAAUCUGCCCUGCAAGACAAAUCAAGGAGUCGCUCCUGCUCAGAGAAUUCUUGGGAUCAUUUAGCGAUCGCAGGCAGCUCUUUGGAAUCAGAAAGGCAAAGGCGCAGAGAGCGGGAUGGGAAACCGCUUGGGAGUGAGGGGCCCGGCUAGGCGGAAGCGAAUGUCAUUUCUCUUCCUGCUGUCUUUGUUCUGCCGGGCGCUCUCGGAGCAAAUCCGCUACACUAUUCCGGAGGAGCUGGCCAGGGGCUCGGUGGUGGGGAACCUCGCCAAUGAUCUGGGGCUUGGCGUACGAGAUUUGCCUACUGGGAACCUGCGGGUUAGUGCAGAGAAGAAAUUCUUUACAGUGAGCACCGAGAAUGGGGACUUACUUGUGAGCGAUCGUAUAGACCGAGAGCAGAUUUGUGGCAAGAAGUCGACAUGUGUUCUGGAUUUCGAAAUGGUCUCUGAAAAGCCUUUGAACUUUUUUCAUAUAACUGUGGAGAUUCAGGAUGUAAACGACAACCCACCGACCUUUAGCAGAAAUAUGACUGAGCUGGAAAUCAGUGAACUAGCCAUAACUGGAGCCACGUUUGCCCUGGAAUCCGCACAAGAUUCAGAUGUAGGUGUCAAUUCCCUGCAGCAGUACUACCUCAGCCCCGACCCGCACUUCUCUUUGAUCCAGAAGGAGAACCCAGACGGCAGUAGGUACCCAGAACUGGUAGUGAAGGCUCCCCUGGACAGGGAAGAGCAGUCCUGCCACCACCUGGUCCUCACGGCUGUGGAUGGGGGCAAGCCAGCCAGAAGCUGUACUACCCAGAUCAGGGUAAUUGUGGCAGAUGCAAAUGAUAACCCCCCCCCCCCCCCCCCCCCCCCCCCCGUGUUCGCCCAGGACAUGUACAGGGUCAGUGUUCCAGAGAACUUGCCAGUGGGCUCCUCUGUGCUAAGAGUGAUGGCCACUGACUCUGAUGAGGGCGUCAAUGCAGAGAUCACUUACACUUUCAUCAACAUUGGUAAGACAGUGAGACAACUGUUCAAGCUGGACAAUAAAACAGGGGAACUCACCACUAACAGAGAACUGGACUUUGAAGAGAGAGAGAGCUACACAAUUGGCGUGGAGGCAAAGGAUGGUGGCCGUCACACUGCACAUUGUAAAAUACAAAUAUAUAUUUUGGAUGAAAACGACAAUGCUCCUGAGAUAACCCUGGAUUCUGAAUCUAAACAUAUACAAGAAGAUGCUGAGCCGGGGACUGUUGUUGCCCUGAUCAAAACACAUGAUUUAGAUUCUGGAUUUAAUGGGGAAAUCCUAUGCCAACUAAACGGAAAGUUCCCAUUUAAAAUAGUUCAAGACACAAAAAAUACAUACAAGUUGGUGACAGAUGGAGCCCUAGAUCGAGAGCAGAUUCCAGAGUAUAAUGUCACCAUCACAGCCACGGACUGGGGCAAGCCUCCCCUCUCCUCCAACAGAAGUGUCACCUUGAACAUCGCUGAUGUCAACGACAACGUGCCAGUUUUCCACCAGGCCCCUUAUGUGGUCCACGUGGCAGAAAAUAACCCGGCCGGAGCUUCUAUCGUCCAAGUCAGCGCCUCAGAUCCUGACUUGGGACCCAACGGCCGCGUCUCCUACUCCAUCGUGGUCAGCGACCUGGAGCCGAGGGCGCUGUCGUCCUACGUGUCGGUGAGCGCGCAGAGCGGGGUGGUGUUCGCGCAGCGCGCCUUCGACCACGAGCAGCUGCGCGCCUUCGAGCUGACGCUGCAGGCCCGCGACCAGGGCUCGCCUGCGCUCAGCGCCAACGUGAGCCUGCGCGUGUUGGUGGGCGACCGCAACGACAACGCGCCCAGGGUGCUGUACCCGGCGCUGGGGCCCGACGGCUCGGCGCUCUUCGACACGGUGCCGCGCGCCGCGCAGCCUGGCUACCUGGUCACCAAGGUGGUGGCGGUGGACGCCGAUUCGGGACACAACGCCUGGCUGUCGUAUCACGUGCUGCAGGCCAGCGAGCCGGGACUCUUCAGCCUGGGGCUGCGCACGGGCGAGGUGCGCACGGCGCGUGCUUUGGGCGACAGGGACUCGGCAAGACAGCGCCUGCUGGUCGCUGAGCGUGACGGGGGACAGACGCCUCUUUCGGCCACCGCCACGCUGCACCUGGUUUUCGCUGAUAGUCUACAAGAGGUCCUGCCAGAUCUCAGCGACCAACCCGUGCCCUCUGACCCCCAGGCUGAGCUGCAGUUUUAUCUGGUGGUGGCCUUGGCCUUGAUCUCCAUGCUCUUCCUCCUGGCAGUGGUUCUGGCAGUCGCCCUGAGCCUGCGACGCUCCUUUAGCCCCAACUCCUGGAGUUGCUUUCAGACUGUUGUCUGCUCCAAGACUGAACCCGGGAUUCUCCCCAACUUUAGCCAAGGGACUUUGCCCUAUUGCUACAAUCUAUGUGCUGCCUCACAUUCCUCUAAGACUGAGAUUAAAUUUCUCAAUAUAAAGCCUGAAAAUGCUCCAACACAAGAUCUUCUAUGUAAUGAAACCUCCUGGUUUGAAAGUACUAUUAACGACAAUCCCCAAAUGACUUCUAAUUCAGUUAAUUUGCAACAGGUGAGUUACUUCAAAACCCUUUCCUCCCAUAAGUAUAAGUAGGUUUCAAUUCAUUAUUUUAGAGGUAAAAAGGAUACAGGCUAAAUAUGCCCUGAUUUUAUUGUUUUUUAUUGAUUUUUCUAGGUGUAGAGUGGAGGGGUGUUAGAAAUUCUUUGUUCACUUACCUGUGUUGCAAUUCUUCUUUCAUAGCAAGUUGCCUUGUGAUGCUCUUGAAAUUUUUGUUAAUCCUAAAAACAAUAUAUCCUGAAACAUUUUUAAUACAUUAGAUCUCACACUCUCAUUGUGAGGCAUAUUAUCUAUGUAUAGUUAAACACAAAUCUAGACAAUUAAGUGGUUUACUUAAUUUCCAUGCAGUCAAUCCUAAAGUAUAUAUAAUAUAAAUAUAA